AUGUCAGAUUUUAAUACCGCCAAAUAUCUGAAUAAACAGAUGAAAUCACGUGGAUUACAGAAAUUAAAAUACUAUUGCCAAGUAUGUCGUAAACAAUGCAGAGAUGAUAAUGGAUUUAGAUCACAUAUCAAGUCAUCUUCGCAUUUAAAGAAAAUCAAUAAUGUUACACAAGAAGAUAUUGACAAGUUCAGCAAGUUAUUUGAAUCAAGUUUUCUUAGUCUAUUAAAAUUGUCACAUGGAGAAAAAUGGAUUGAAGCCAAUAGAUUUUAUAAUAAAUUUAUCCAAGAUAAGAAUCAUAUCCAUAUGAAUUCUACAUGUUUUAAAUCACUAAGUCAGUUUAUUAAAUAUUUGGGCAAAAAUGGUAAAAUUAGGGUAAGACUAGACGAAGAAGAAAAUGAUAGGUUUGAAAAUAAUAAUAAUAAUGAUAUAGACAUGGGCCAGCUACAAAUUAGUUAUGUAGAUCGUUCAAAAGAGAAUAUACUCAGACAACAAAGAAUCAAUGAAAUAGAGAAUAAUACUAAAGAUGAACAGGAAAUCAGGAGUAUGUUACUAAAAAAACAAAUAGAAAAAAUAAAGAGAAAAGAAAAGGGAAAAGAACAAGCAGAAGGAGAUAAUCAAACAAAUAACGUUACGACUGUCACUAAUAAUAAUAAUGAAAUAAUAUUAGACAAUAAUAUCCAAAUGUCGUUGUCAAUCAGACCAACUAAUGCAAAGAAAGUUAGCAAACCAAACCAGAGGAAACACAAAGCAGCAAAAAAUGUAUUUGAUUAA